CCCCCCUGAAGAGGUGGGAAGACCAAAGCAAAAAGCAUGCACUGUUCUGUCAAUGUUCUAGAGAGAGAAAACACGAAAGCUAAACGCGCUCUCGAGAGUUUCUAGAGAGAGAGACAGGGUGCAGGGUGGAGUUCUUAAGCCGGUGACAGUCGUAGUAUCAGCAGGAGGGUUGAGAACGGAGGGGAUAUUUUUACUAGGGUUAUUUUGUUGGUAUUUUAUUGUUGUUUUUCGGAGUUUUGCUUUGAGAAUUAUGGAGUGGCCGACCUACUUGGAUGAAUAUGAAAAGCUUCUUAUGCGGAUGUCUACGCCGAGGGUCAUGAUCGACAAUGCCGGUUGUUCCGACACGACGCGUCUCAUGAUUGAUAGUGCGAGAAAACAUGGAAUUCUUCUAGAAGCGGUUCAAGUCUUAACGGACUUGAAUCUGUCAAUUAAGAAGGCUUACAUUUGCUCUGACGGUCGGUGGUUCAUGGACGUUUUUCAUGUGACUGACUUGAAUGGAAACAAGUUAACUGAUGAGAGCGUCUUGGGCUACAUUGAAAAGUCACUUGAGACAGUUCAUUAUGGGAGAUCGAAAAGCAUUGAGGGCCUAACAGCUCUGGAAUUAACAGGCACUGAUCGAAUUGGCCUGCUGUCCGAGGUCUUUGCGGUGUUAUCAAACUUAAACUGCAAUGUUGUUGAUGCAAAGGUGUGGACUCACAAUGGUCGGAUUGCAUCAUUAAUAUAUCUAAAAGAUGAUGAGUCAGGCUCCCCGAUUCAGGAUUCUCAGAAAUUAGAUGUGAUGGAUCGAAUGUUGAGGAAUGUCCUUAAGGGUGACAAUGAUAUCCGAAGUGCAAAAACCUCGGUUGCGUUAGGUGUCACACACACAGAGAGGAGGCUUCAUCAGAUGAUGUUUGCUGAUAGAGAUUAUGAGAGGAAUCCUAUCAUCAAGACUUCUGAUGAUUCCCCUGUUGUUUCGGUUCAGAAUUACUUGGAGAAGGAUUAUUCCGUAGUUAAUAUUCAGUGCAAAGACCGAAAUAAGCUUCUGUUUGAUGUAGUUUGCACAUUUACAGACAUGCAAUACGUUGUUUUCCAUGCCACCAUUGACACAUCGGAAGAUAGAGCAUCCUUGGAAUUCUUCAUACGACACAUGGACGGGACGCCCAUAAGUUCAGAAGCUGAAAAGCAGCGUGUAAUUUUAUGUCUAAAAGCUGCAAUUUUAAGAAGGGCAUCUCAGGGAGUGAGGCUUGAGCUUUGUGCCUCUGAUAGAAGAGGUCUACUGGCUGAUGUAAUGAGAACCUUCCGUGAAAACGGCCUAAAUGUCACAAGGGCAGAAAUAUCCACCACAACGGGAACGGCUCAAAACAUAUUCUACGUGACGGAUGCGAUUGGGAAUCCAGCUGAUCGAAAGAUCAUUGAGUCGGUUCGACAAACGAUUGGUUUAACUAACUUGAAAGUGAAGGAACUGCCCUUGAUCUACAACCAAAACAUCGAACAGGACGAGCCCACAACGGGCUCCGGUGGGGCCAUGUUGUUGUCUCUUGGGAGCAUGGUGAGGAGGAACCUAUACAGUUUGGGGUUGAUCAAAUCAUAUUCUUGAUUGAAGAAAGAUCUUGGUGUCGUAUUCUUUGCUUAGGCUGGUUUUAUGAGCUGGGCAUAUCUUGUACAUAGUAAAUGGAGUUUACAGGCAGGGAUUUGGUGGAGUUAGUUGACUAUGGUUGGGGUUUGGUUGUCUGAAUAGGUAGUAGUAGGCAAGGGACACGCAGAAGGUGGAUGAUGUGGGGCCCCACCUCCCCAGUUAUUUUUCUUUCAAAUAUUUGAAUAUUGGAUGUAGGAAGUCUUGGUGGGUGAGAGGGUUGGCUGGCAGAAAGAGAAGCUUAGGUACAGUAGCACUAUGAGCCUUUAGAAGUGGUUCACAUGAUAGUAUAUAUAUAUAUCAUAUAUAGAUAUAUUGUACAUACAUGAAGUUUUCUCUCUGGAAUUAUCACUAUUAAUUUUAGUAUUAUUGGUUUGA